UGGAGCGUCAGCGAAGUGAAGUUGCUUGAGACGAUGACAGGCUCGCAACUAAUAAAGCCCCGAUGCGAGCGAGUGAGCACCGAAUCUUGUUCUAACAUUGUGGUUUGUUUCAUCUCUCCCUUCUCUUUUCUCGCCGCUCGUCAUCAGCAGCAUGUCCAACGCUUCGGACCAUACCGCCAACGGCGACGUCGAGAAGAAGCCGUCCGCCAGCCCAGCGCCGUUUGUUGGCUUCUGGUCGAAAGAUGUGGCCCAGCAGAGGAAGGCGUAUCUAAUCGGCAUGGCCAAGGUUACGUUCAUGGUAACAUUGAUGGUGUGGUCUGCAAUGGCUCUCUACUGGGGCUCGCUAUAUCGCGAGCUGAUUGAGACGCCCAAGCUCCACGGCUGGAUCAUCAACCGUGACCCUAAUGGCGUCAUCGGACAAAACAUCUCCGCCGCAGUCGAGGCCAUCUCGAACAGCCCCUCGCGGAGCCACAUAACCUGGGACCCUAUCCCAGCCAACAUGUACACAGACGCGCAGAUCGACAAUGAGAUCGCCGUCCAAGAGUCAUCUUGGGCUGCACUGAUCAUCGAGACGGAUGCGACUGCCCGCCUCACUCAAGCUCGCAACACUGGGGACGCUUCGUUCAACCCCAUGUCGCUCCUUACACUUGUCUACUCCGAGUCGCGCAACCAGCAAGCCGUGCCCGGCAUCAUUGUCAGCGGCAUCACCAACCAGCUGCAGCCUACCUUGGCUUCAAUUAGUGCUACCUUGGCUGCGCAGUACAUUUCGCAGAACAUUGGCAAUCAAGCGGCGCUGCAGAAUGUUGUCAAUGCUCCGAGAACGAUCUCCAACUCGAUUGUGAUUGCGAACCGCAAUUUGAGGCCGUACGACGCGAACAAGUACAAUGGCGCCAUUCUAGCUGCGACGUACGUCGGUCUCAUUUACCUGACGAUUCUCGCCUUCAACAUAGUCAUGGGCAACCUGGGCAUGCGUCAAACUAUCCAACGUCGUCUCAAGCUUUCGUCCCUGAUCGGCAUGCGCAUCCUCGUGCCUGUUGCCAUCUACUUUUGGCUUUCCCUCAUGUUCACGCUGCUGCAAGCCGCCUUCCACCUCGACUUCGACGGCUGGGGGCUAGGAUAUGGAGCUGGAUUUAUGACCUUCUGGAUGGUGGCCUGGAGCUCCAUGUCUGCUCUUGGUCUCACGCUGGAGUGCAUCCUCAGCUUGGUCGGCCCUCAGUUCAUUGCCUUUGGCCUCGUCGUCGUGAUCAUCAUCAAUGUUUCUGGAGCCCUCAUUCCGCUGGAGCUCUCUCCAAGCUUCUACCUCUACAACAGGGCCAUGGUCUUCUACAACACGAAGCAGUGCUUCUUGACCAUCUUCACCAAUGCCGGGCGACACCUCGUCAUCCUCAAGGCAGUGGGCAUCAUCUGGGCUUGGGUCGCCGUCAUGGUGCUGACGUUCCCGAUCUGGAUUUGGCUCGAGAGGAGGAGACAACUGAAGGAGGCCAAGAGUGCCGGCGGCCCUCAGGGAAGUGGCAAGCAGGCAGAUGAGAAGGAGACGCCAUCAGAAAGCAACCAGUCGUAAUGCUGGGCACGAACCUGGCCAUUGCAAGCCCUCCGUUUUUCUCCGCGAUUCUGUAGAUACCGACGAUCCUCGGGAGCGUUUUUCAUGCUGAAUGUAUAAUGACAUCCAUUCAAUACUAAUUCGAUGACAGCAUCGACCCUUCUGCGCUC